AUGGACAGCAGGGCGCGGAGCUCUUCCAGAGAGGCCCACGGGCGAGGUGGCAGGUCCCCUUCCAGGGAGGACAAGAGGGCGAAGGCCGGGAGGGGCAGCGGAGGCCGCACGCGCCCGGAGGCUGGGUCAGAGCGGCGGAGCUCCGGGCGAACCCGGACCCGGGGAGAGCCCCGAGCCCCCGCCGCCACCGUAGUGGACGUGGACGAGGUUCGGGGCUUCGGUGAGGAGGGCACCGAAGUGGUGGCGCUGCUGGAGAGCGAGCGACCCGAGGAAGGUAUCAAGUCCUCUGGGCUAGGGGCCUGUGAGUGGCUGCUUGUCCUCUCCUCCCUGCUCUUCAUCAUCAUAACUUUCCCUUUCUCCAUCUGGUUCUGCAUAAAGGUUGUACAAGAGUAUGAAAGAGUAAUUAUAUUCCGACUGGGGCAUCUGCUCCCUGGAAGAGCCAAAGGCCCUGGCCUGUUCUUUUUUUUGCCAUGCCUGGACACCUACCACAAGGUUGACCUCCGUCUCCAGACCUUGGAGAUCCCUUUCCAUGAGGUGGUAACCAAAGAUAUGUUUAUAAUGGAGAUAGACGCCAUCUGCUACUACCGCAUGGAAAAUGCCUCUCUUCUCCUGAGCAGUCUUGCUCAUGUGUCCAAAGCCAUCCAGUUCCUGGUGCAAACCACCAUGAAGCGCCUCUUGGCACAUCGAUCUCUCACUGAAAUUCUCCUGGAAAGGAAGAGCAUUGCCCAAGAUGUGAAGGUUGCCUUGGACUCAGUGACCUGUAUUUGGGGCAUCAAAGUGGAGAGAACUGAAAUUAAGGACGUGAGGCUGCCGGCCGGGCUGCAGCACUCUCUGGCCGUGGAAGCUGAGGCACAGAGACAGGCCAAAGUGCGGAUGAUCGCAGCGGAAGGAGAAAAGGCCGCUUCUGAGUCCCUGAGGACGGCAGCUGAGAUCCUGUCAGGCACCCCAGCUGCCGUUCAGCUCCGAUACCUGCACACUCUGCAGUCCUUGUCCACAGAGAAGCCGUCCACUGUGGUUUUACCUUUACCAUUUGACCUGCUAAACCUUCUGUCUUCUCCCAGCCCCAGAACGCAGGGAAGCAUCAGCUACCCACAUUCUUCCAAACCUGCCGAACCGCUCAACCCCAAAAAGAAGGACUCUCCCAUGUUAUAG